UCUGCAGAAAGUCUAACAAACCGAGCAAAGGCAGACAGAGAGUGUCCAGUGAGCCAGCCGGCCUUGCCAAGCUUGGAUCGCUGUCAAAAACAAGGGGAGAGCGUGUAUUGCAAAUCCUUUCUAUGCGGAAUUAAACUAAACAAGCAGCAAUUGGCCACCUUUUUUUCUUUCUCUUCCGGGUUUUUACAACGACUUCAAGUUUAUAAGAUUUUUUUUUAUUAUUAUCAUUAUUUUGCAGUUUAAAAAUAAACAACAAAAGCGACCGCAAACGAAGCAGUUCGGCUCAACAUUUUAAACUUUCUCACGUACUCUUUACAUGGCAAUGGAUGAAUUUCAUCCCUUCAUAGAAGCGCUUCUGCCCCACGUCCGAGCGUUUGCCUACACAUGGUUCAACUUGCAAGCCCGGAAGAGAAAAUACUUCAAAAAGCAUGAGAAGCGCAUGUCGAAAGAAGAGGAGAGAGCAGUGAAGGACGAGCUGCUCGGCGAGAAGCCUGAGGUCAAGCAGAAAUGGGCGUCCAGGCUGCUAGCAAAGCUGCGCAAGGACAUCCGGCCCGAGUUCAGAGAGGAUUUCGUUCUGACUGUCACGGGGAAGAAACCUCCUUGUUGCGUGCUGGCCAAUCCAGACCAGAAAGGCAAGAUGCGUAGAAUUGACUGUCUGCGUCAGGCAGACAAGGUGUGGCGGUUGGACCUGGUCAUGGUGAUUCUAUUCAAAGGUAUUCCUCUUGAAAGUACUGAUGGAGAGCGCCUGGUAAAGUCCCCUCAGUGUUCAAACCCUGGUCUGUGUGUGCAGCCCCACCACAUAGGAGUUUCAGUAAAGGAACUAGACUUGUAUUUGGCAUACUUCGUGCACGCAGUGGCUUGUUGUGAGAUUCCGGAAGACUUUUUACCUUGUGAAGGCAUGAACAACAAAGAGCAGGAAACAUGGCAAAUGAUGUGUGAAACAGAUUCAGGUCAAUCUGAAAGUCCAAGCCAGCCAAGUGAAGCUGACAUCAAGGAGCAGCCGGAGAAUGGACACUUGGGCUUCCAGGACAGCUUCGUCACAUCGGGUGUGUUCAGCGUCACUGAGCUCGUCCGUGUGUCACAGACACCUAUUGCUGCAGGGACAGGGCCUAAUUUCUCCCUGGCAGAUUUGGAGAGCUCCUCCUACUACAGCAUGAGCCCAGGAGCUAUGAGACGGCCCUUACCCAGCACGUCAUCCAGCAGCUCUGCGAAGCGCUUAAAAUGUAUAGACGAUGACGUGGACAGUCCAGGGGAGGAGUCCUACUACCCGGGACAGGGCCGGUCACCGGGCAGUGGCAGCCAGUCAAGCAGUUGGCAUGAAGUGGAACCAGCUGGAUAUAAACUUGGUGGCUCACUAGCUAGUACAUUCAACUCAAGACAAGUCACAUGGUCGCAGCAGUCCUGCGAGUUAGCCAAGAGAGAAGACUCCUAUUAUACAUCAGGAAUGCCAUCGCCUACUACAUUAAAGAAGUCAGAGAAGUCUGGUUUCAGCAGUCCCACGCCUUCGCAGAUCUCCUCCCCUCGAACGGCUUUUACACAUCAUCAUCGGCCUGUCAUUACAGGACCCAGAGCGAGUCCACAUGCAACGCCGUCAACGCUGCACUUCCCAACGUCUCCCAUCAUUCAGCAGCCCGGGCCCUACUUCUCCCACCCGGCUAUCCGCUACCACCCCCAGGAGAGCCUCAAGGAGUUUGUGCAGCUCGUCUGCCCUGACGCUGGCCAGCAAGCAGGGCAGGUGGGCUUCCUAAAUCCCAACGGAAGCAGCCAAGGCAAGGUGCACAACCCAUUCCUUCCAACCCCUAUGUUGCCACCACCGCCUCCACCGCCAAUGGCAAGGCCCGUGCCUCUGCCAGUGCCAGACUCCAAACCCCCCACUACGUCCACAGAAGGAGGAGCCAACUCCCCGACCUCCCCGACCUAUUCGACACCCAGCACCUCUCCUGCACAGAGAUUUGUCAGUGUCGGACCACGAGAUCCCAGCUUUGUAAAUAUCCCUCAGCAGCAACAGUGGUAUCUGGGUUAAAAGCCACAGCUUCCCACCACCCCAGCCUGACAGACCACCUGACCCUAACCUAGCGCUAUGACCGGGAGAAUCAAGCCCCAGACUGCUCAUCUCACUGUGGGGGAGGAGGGAAGAGGAUCACCAGUCCACCACACCCACCGAACAAGAAUGGGCAGGAACAUGAUGACAAGAACAAUACAGACAAUGAAAUAGAUAUAAACACACAGACAAUCAAACCUGCUGAUCACCACCACUCAGAGGGACCACCACCAAAUGAUUAACAUGGGAAAUAUAGACAGGGAUUCAUUGGAGUGCUCACAAAAUUAUAAAGAGGUGGUCCUUUAAUACAGGUGGCCUUACAGGUUUGACCAUACUGUAUGUGUGUGUAUAUAUAUAAGUAUUUCAAAUAGGGCUGAGUAAUGAAGUAUUUAGGCUAACUAGUUUAAUGGGGAAGCCCGCUAAAGCUCACCAUUCAUCUGAAGCCUAACUGUUUCAUGAAUCUGUGCCCUGGCUUCAUUAGUUAACAGUGUUAGCAUCCUGAAUUCAUUGGUACCUGUAUUACACAUUAGUUAACAGUGUUAGCAACCUGAGUUCAUUGGUACCUGUAUUACACAUUAAGGAUCAGACAAAGCAUAAUGCGUAGUGCUUUGUCCACGACAUAUCACAAAAAAAAACUAAAUCACAGCUCUUCUUUUUGGGUGGGUCUGCAAUGUUGAGUAUUUGGAAAAGUAAAUCAACAAAAAGGUGUAGGCUAAAAGUCAGUCGGUUUGGGACUGUUUACAACGUUUAGAUACAUCAGACUCUCAAGCGGGGGUGUUUUUAUUUAACAUGCUGCGGUUCUUACAAAAAUGUUUUUCAACAAUUAUACACGGCCCCAUAAAAAUGACAUUCACACGGCAUGAGGAAAAUAUGGUCUGCUUUGACAGAAACUGACAUAAAAAACUGAAAUCAAGACUAUAAAAGGUAAAAAGGUGGAAUUUUGAAUUGAAUAAAGUGCAAUUUCAUGUGAUAGUUAAAUAUCUUUGUAAGACAGAGAUUGUUGAAAAUUCUGUUUUUGUUUUUCCAAGUCCAUUCACCCCCAGGACUCUAAAAUAUCAGGGGGAAAAGACAAAACAAAAGGAGUCACAAGCCUUUGCAAGUAAAAAGGCGAGCUCUUAUGCUUUUUAUGUUUUUUUUUUUUAAAUAAUUAUUAUUAUGCGACUUAUAUCCAUUAAAAUAACGAGAAAAAAUAGAAAAUUAUCUCUUGCCGCUUUUACUUUGUUAAUUACUACAUUCAAAAUGCAAAUCGUUUUUUUUUUUUUAAUGAAGAACAUAAUUAAAAAUAUAAGCGUCUGUCUCAUAAGCUAAAUUCACACACACAACUUUAACAGAGUCUCAUACAAAAAGGACAUUGUGCUCAAACUGAUACAACAGCCAUGAUACAGAGGAGGUGUUGUUCAGUUUCGCGGACCCAACAUCCAAACAAGAUAUGCCAUCAGAUACUGAAGCAGUCCAGGCGCUUCGCAUGCAGCUUUUAAAGAAACCUGUUUUUUUCCUAUAUUAUACAUAUAUUUACACUCAAAAUAAUCUGCAUGUUCUAGUGUUAGUGACUCAUUUUUAUAUAGAUGAUGUAGAUUAAAUGUAGUGAAUUAUGAUACAAUAUUGUAAUCCUAAUCCAGGCAUUUGCCGUUAAACUAUUCUUGUUUGGCCCGCAGAUAAAGGGCUUUUUUACUGCUGUCCUCUACAAUCAAAUGAGCAGAAAGGAGUCUUUCAAAGACACCUUGCUCGUCACCUUUUUAUUUUUCCCUAAAGUUGAGUUUUUAAUUUUAUGUUUUUGAAUUGCACGAAACAAUGAUUCCGCAUCGAUGUGCCUUGCCCUAGAAAGUGAUAUGUGCUGACUCGUUGCACAAGUUCCUAUGUGGAGAAAAGUUUUGUUUUGUUUUGUUUUUGUUUGGGUUUUUUUCUUCAUUUAUUCCCCAUAGUGUAGCAAAUUGGAGAGAAAACAGAAACUGUAAAAUUAAAAAAAUAAUAAUAAUAAUGUGAUGUCAGCCAUUGUGAUUUUUAACAGCUAGAGUAAACAGAUGUUGUUGUGCUACAAUAGGAGUAGGUUAUAUGGUAUUGUAUAUACAAGUGCUUUUCACCCCGAGGUCUGUAGAUGGUAGCGUAUAGAUAUUUUUUGGAUGUUGCUGCAUUUUUUAAAAUACAUUUAUUUGGAGUCUUCCUAGUUAUUUUUUCCAGAACUGAGAAAUAUGCAAUACGUGCUUUUAAUCAUGUAGAGAUUGGCUAGUCGUCAGUUUGUUUCUUUGACAUUCUUUUUUCCUUUGACCGAAGUUGGUGCUUCACUUGGUUCGGUGUGUUUUUAGAUGGUUGUCUUUAUCAAUUUGUGACGUUGAAUGCAUGCUUAGCUAGGGCUUGUCUUAGGGUAACAGUCCGAAUGUGAAGCACUAAGCUGAACCCUGCUCACAAGUUUUACUUUGGUCACAAGCAAGCCUUAAAUGAAUCAACUUUCUCUCCUUCAAAUCCAACACCCAUUUUUGUUGACAGACUGAACUUACCACAUUCAAGAAAAAAAAUGCCCAUUUUUAUAUGCACGUUUACAAACUUCCAACUUAUUCAAACUGUUUACCAAUUCUUUCUCUCUCUAUAUAAAUAUAUAUUAUAAAAAAAUAAAAUAACAAAAAAGCCAGGGGGAUUAUUUCCUAGGUGUCUGACAUGUGAUUGCGUUGUAGUUCACAUCUUGUGUGAUUGUUUCGUGCGUGACGUUUCUGUUUGGUAAUUGUUCUUGCCUUCCCUUUAGCACUUAUUGGGCAUUACUUUCUGACGUAUGUGCACUAAAUAUGAAAUAAAUGAUAAUGAUGAUCAUUUAAAAAAAAAAGCAGCUUCUAGUGCUUCACAGAGAAGGGAAUUAAAAAACAAAUCACACAGACAACUUUUUGUCACAAAAGCUUGCUGUACAGCCAGUACUUUUAAUCUAUAGUAAUGGCUGUACAUAUAACAUAAAACAAAAUUGUACCCUUUUUUAAAAUAAGAAUAACUAAGCAAUAGUUUGGGCAGUUUGUUUUGAUUUUGUUGGUGCGUGUUUGUUCUGGGCUCACAAGUGAAGACAGAAAAAUUGAAUCAGAUUUAACGAAAGAAAAGGCUCUCUGUGUCACACUUGUAAUUUGUAUGUUGUAUAGUUUUAUUAAUUACACUGAUUUAAAAACUGCCCUAUUUUAUAAUGCAGGACUUUUGUAACAUUGUUUAAAAUGAGGAGAAAAAAAUUAGUGUUGUGGAUUUUCUGAUUGUUUGUGUUAAGGCCACAUUCAUAGAAUUGCUUUUGUUUGUUCUCUGGAAACUGGAUUUAGUUAAAAACUUUCAUGUUUCCUUUUUUUUAAUGUAUGUAUUUAAGUACAUUAUUUUUCUUCUUUGGAUGGUAUAGCAUAUUCCUAUACUUAUGAAGUAUAGGUCACUGAGAAAAAAAUGUAAAAGGGUGUUACAAGUAUGCUGUAUUUUUUUUUUUUUUUUGGAGGUUAUUUGUUGCAUCAGGUUUGAUGAAGCUAAAGCUAGGUAAUUCUGAUCAAGUUUGCAGGAAAAAAGGCUUAAAACACAGUUUAGGCGAAGGGGAUGUAAAGUAUUAAACACACAAAGUUACCUUUCUGUGUUCACCUUAUUACUUAAGUGAAAAAACAGAACAAUAUUCUCAAGCCAAGUCAAACACACACAUGGUAUCUAGAAGCAGUCCUGCCACACACACAUCACAAGAUGCAGCUCAAUGUGAGUCACCUGGAGACAGAUCUUGCCGUUUAAUAAGAAUACAACAAGUCCCUAGCUGUUAUUAAUCUAAAUAUAUACUUUUGUUGCAAAAACACUAUAGUGUACUGAGUUGUUUUGGUCAAUAGUAUUUAUACUGUAUAUGGACCAAGCUAGAAGUAUAGAUGCCACCACAGAUUUGAUGGUUAUUUUAAGACCUGGUUUAGGAUUAAGACCACCCUAAAGCAAAAUCUUUUAGAUUCAAAAAGCAUUCAUUCAGGAUUACUCUCUUGUAUGAAUUCAAAAUGGUUUCCGCUGGUAUUAUUUUGACACUUGAAAUGCACACCAUGAAGUGAUAUAUGCAAAAAAGCUUGAAUGAACGCAUUUAUAAUUUAAAAGGAUUUAGCUUACUGAAAAAGAAUGCAUAAAGCAUCAAGAAAGACUGCAAAAAUAAUGCAUCAUGAGAGUAAAACCCGAUUGUGGCUGCAUCUUUGUGUCUGAUAUGUGUGCUUGGUAGGUCCCCUUCUGUUGCAGCUGGCACGUAACCUCCAUCCCCUACAAUAACUCCACCAGCAUUCAUUCAAAAGACAUAUGGGUUUGAAAACCAUCACAUGAUUGUUGUGCCAUGGGGGAAAUAGUAACACAGGUUUUGAAGACUUUGGUGAAAUCAAAAGGCAUUGACCAACAUGACAGAGUUCCUCUGUAAUACCAAUAUUGAUAAAACGAGAAGCUCAGAGAAAGACAGGGAACAAUACUUUACAGUCUUGCAUAGCCCAGUGAUAUGAGAGCUAAACCCUUUUAGAACCAUAAUAGCCUUUGCCUCUUUCCCAGUCACUGUGUAUCAUUUUCACACCUUACUACUGAAACUGCAGCAGGCAGGAAUAGUCAGUCUCAUAAAAGACUGGUGUUGUUUUAAUUAAUUAUGUUUGAUAUUCAUGAAAUUCUGCCAUUGUGUUUUUUUUUUUUUUUUUUUUAAACAACAGUAUAGAAAAGUUGAAUGAAUUAUCGAUUUGUUUAACUCAUUACACUUUUAAUUUUUUAAGCUGAUGGAAGUGCAGUCAUGGUCUCUCACUAAAUUAUAAUUCUCAGUUCAUCACUUGACAAAGAAAGUAAAAAUGUUAUUAUGGUUCUUAAGGAUUUACCUGAACGUUUACAAAAUAUGAAAAAACACUCAGAGAGCCUAGUCAAGGGCAAACAUCAGCGCCUCUUCCACAGAGAGACAGAAGGUAGACAGAGAUGGAAGCCUGAAUCUCAUCCCUUCCUGCCGUAGGGUUCCAGUUCCAGUUACAGGAAUAUGCAAACUACGCAUCAUACUUCUUUCUUUUUCAGUUUUUGUUUCCUGAAGAUGUAUGAAUAUCAAAUAAUAACACUUUUGUUGUUACCCUAGAUACACCCUGUAAGGUUCUGCAUGGCUCUGUUACAGUUUGGUUUCAGAAAUAUUUGCUGGCUGUUAGCUUCCAUGUUUAUUCAGUUCAGCCCUUCCAUUGGGCUUGUCAUCCAAAACACUGACUAGUCCUUUGCAUGCAAUCUUAAAAUCUGUGGGCAUAUUCAUAAAUAAAAGGGCCAUUUUGCAGGGGAAAGGCUGGGAGGAAUUGUUCUGUGAGCCUAGAAAUUUUCAAUUUUCUAUUUCAGGGUGUAUCUGAAACAAACAAAGAUUAAUAAUCAAAUGCAUAUUUAGGACAGUUUUCUUGUGGUGAUUUUCUUAGAAUGCAAAACAGUAUUCAAACAUUUUCAUUGUGUCUAUGGAAAUAUCUUUUAAUUUUGAACAAUCCUGUGUUUUAUUUUGUAUUACUUUAAUAAAACUAUUAAGAAGGCCUCCCUGGAACAAAAAGUGAUUUAAAAACAUGUCUGUUUUGAAAAGGUGGUGCAAAAGGAUGUAAGAAAAGCUUCAAUGGCACCUACGAGGUUCAGUAGUUCCAUUUCUGUAGGACUCCUAAAAGUGCGCCUGCUUUUGGUCUGCUUUUCAAGAAAACUUACAAACUUAAUAAGCCAGCUUAUUUGUCUUGAAGUUAGUGCAUGCAUAGGCAUUUGACAGUUUUGGAACCGGCUCUGCAGCCAUUAACAGCCACGAUCGCUUCAACUGCUGAGCUCAUGCUCUUAAGAAAAAAAAGAAAACAAAGUUUCUUCGCAUUAAAAAAGAAAAAUGCAAUUGAUAUUGAUAAUAAAAAGGUGCUUUGUUGCAAAGCAGGUAACAUUGAAGCUGUUUCAUAGCACUCAACUGUAAUGAAUAAAAAGUGUAUCUGAUCCUGUAAUAAAAAUGAUUUACUGUUCUACUGCAAAUCCAUUACAUGGUGCUAAUACAAGCUGGCAAAGAUGAAACAAAACUAAUAAUGUGACGAUUUGGACUCAUCAAACUCUGCUUUCUGACAGUGUAAAAUGCAUAGCAGUGUUUUAUCUGCAUGAAAACUAUGCACUAAUCUAAACAAUGGUAAACUUUGGUAUGUUUUUAUUUUUUAUCUUCAGUCUUUGCCUUCUUUUUUGGUCAAUGUUUAUGAUACCAGCUUUUGAACAGAACGAAUUAUAUGAAAAAACCAGCAUAUUACCUGAUAUAUUAAAAACAACAAUUGUAGUGCCUGUGAAAUCUGUAUUAUAUUGCUGUUCUUAAUUCUGGAUAUUGUUUGUUUUGCUUUUUGUUUCUACACCGGUAGCCUUUGCUGUCUGUCAGAACUUUCUGAUUAUAGCUGAUGUACAAUAACCAUAAAAUAUAUUUCUGCAUGCUAUUCCA